AAAAGGCAUAACUAAUAGUCAUUAAUGCCGUUAUGCUGCCGCGUAAUGUUACAUUUGGGGAACAUGGUUCACGUUCGCUAUUUUAGCUGGUCAAUUGUUGCAGUGGGCAACAUUAGCUGGCGAUUCUGUGAUCGUUUAUCAGGCCUUUCUGGUCUGACAUUACGUUUGAAUCGGACUUGUUUAGGUAUACGGGUAGUUUAUAUAAUAAAUUAAGUUGAUAGAAUAGGCACAGAGUUUCUAAACCCAGAGACGCAACAUCGCGAGACUUCCUGGAACGCUUAUCAAAGCAGACCAGGCCGGGGUUUGAGAAGUAAAAAUAUUCCUUAGCUGUUAAUUUUCGCAAUCUAAAAGCACAACUCGAUUGGAGCCAAUGUCUUAAGUAGUUGAACAUGUUAUUAAUCCAACCUCGUGAAAGUGACACCUUUGUGUUGAUGGCGUGCACAUGCGCAGUUCGGCGCUAGACGACCGUUUGACCCGAUGAUUUAUUUCUGCGCAUGAGCUUAGCUAGCCAACAUCGCCACAUAUUCGAUAUUAGGUGGAUAUUGAUUUUCUCAUCAAUACCUAUUGAACCAAGCAUGCCAUUGCUAUGAAGGUGGUAUAUUCUGAAUCAGGGGUGGAUGGAGAGAAAUCAUCACAUUUUUAUUGACUUUUAUUGUUAUUUUUAAAUAAUAAGAUUUUGGAUUUCAAUCUUCAAUAGCUAUAACACAGUGUGACAUGACCAUGAUAAUUAUAUAUUUAUUGUAAAAAUGUAUUAGGAAAAAAAUGUGUCCAUCCAUCCCCGAUUCAGAAUAUAUAAUUGUAAUAGUCAGGGCACGCUUUGUGUAAGAGCUGUUGAAGAUUGAAAGCCAAUGAAAAUAAAAUAAAUUUCAACAACAACAAAAAAAGCGGUAGAUUUUGUUCAUCCUCCAAUGACUCAGAAUAUAUCAUUUUCAUAGUCAUGGCACGCUUUGUGUAAGUGCUAUUGAAGCUUGAAAGCAAAUAAAAAUAAAUACAUUUCAACAACAACAAAAAACGUUGGAUUUUUUUGUCCACUCCCUCAUUCAGAAUAUAUCAUUUCAAUUGUCAUGGCACGCUUGGUGUAAGAGCUGUUAAAUUGAAAGCUAUAUAUAUAAAAUAAAAAAAGUGUGGAUUUUUCUCCAUUCAUCCAAUUCAGAAUAUACCAUCUUCAUAGCCAUCGCAUGCUUUGACAAGAGAACCGAAUAUCCAAUAUAAACUAGUUUUACCUCGGUACUUCACGGAUGACGCAAAGCAUGUGAAAUAGGGCGUAAUGAUGACGCUAGGUCCGUGCACUCAUUUCGCUGUGUAGAACCUUGCGGGGCCUCAUCUUUUCAAUGUGUGAACAAUGUAUGUAUAGGAAUUGUCGUAGUUCUGCUGAUAGGACGAGACCCCUCGCAUGAAGUAAGUUUCUAUCUAUGGGCAUUACUUGCAACUGCAGCCGCUGCAAGAGCGAGUGGCCGUUUGAUUUCUGGGCUGGCGACGUAAUUCAUGGCAAACAACGGUAGGAUAAAUAUAGCCAGCUGAAUGUAGCCAAUAUAAUACUCUUUGGAAACUUUUCUGUGUCAUCAUUUGGGGACUUUAAAUUGUAACCAAUCACGGACGCACCAGUAGAGGAUGUAGGAGAGUCCGCAAUUCUCCAAGGGAAGAACAAUCUCCUGCUACCCACCACUUCGCACUUGUCUUGCACUCUAGCUAGCAUCUGUCACUAAUAUUUGGUUACACAACCAUCUCCUAUGCAAAACAGUAACACGUGUCUCAGCCUGGUGUAAAAAAAAGCCUUGUUUACCUCAGCAAAACAACACCGAAAACUAUGGAUAUGUAAUCGACAGAAUAGUCUCAAAAAAGAGGAUGAAAAGAACAUGAUUAGCACCGAUGGCCUCUCUAAAUGCGAGGCGACCCGGCGCAAGACGGGGAAAAGGCCACUGGGGGAGAUGCUGCACCUUCUGUCCGCUGUCAUUGUCUGGCUUGUGACGGGGACGACCAUCUCCAGUCUUAACAAAUGGAUAUUUGCAGUGUACAACUUCAGGUACCCCUUACUGCUAUCGGCCCUGCACAUGUUGACAGCAAUAGUGGUGGACUUUUGGCUUAUUAAACUUCGAAUGCUCCAGCACAAAGGCGGUGUUGACAAGCAUAAGGACCUUACCAACAGCGCCAAAUGGAAGGUGUUUCUAUUGAGCUUGACAUUUUGUGCCAGCAUUGCGUUUGGCAACGUGGGUCUGAACUAUGUCCAGCUGUCCUUUGCGCAAAUUAUCUACACCACCACGCCAAUCUUCACCCUGGCGAUUUCCACCCUGAUCUUGGGCAAGCAGCAUCACAUCCUCAAAUACACGGCCAUGAUGCCCAUCUGUCUGGGAGCCUCAUUCAGCAUUAUGGGCGAGGUCCAGUACGACCAGACAGGUUGCUUCUUCGUAUUCGCUGCGACAAUGUUGAGAGGUGUCAAAACCAUCCAGCAAAGUAUCUUGCUCCAGGAGGAGAAGAUCAACUCUGUGUUCCUGCUCUACCUGAUGUCCAUCCCCAGUUUCUGCAUCCUGGCCGUAGCUGCUCUGGCCCUGGAGAACUGGGCCGUGCUAGAGUCUCCAAUGCAUUACGACCACAACUUGUGGCUCUUCAUCCUGCUCAGCUGCCUGGGCUCUGUCAUGUACAACCUGGCCAGCUGCUGCGUCAUAACCCUCACCUCCGCCGUCACCCUGCACAUCCUUGGCAACCUGAGCGUUGUGGGCAACCUGCUGCUCUCCCAGCUGCUGUUCGGCAACGAGAUGUCAGCGCUCAGCUGCGUCGGCGUGGCACUCACACUCUCCGGCAUGCUCAUCUACCAGAACUCUGAAUUUAUCUCAGACUACAUGGACGCACGGCGAGCCAAAGCCAGGGCGCUCAUUCGUGGGAGGGAGGAGGACAUCGCUGGCCCAUCACAGCCCCCCCAAGACCAGCAGGGGAGGAGGGAUGCCGAUGGCAAGCGAGAGGACAAGAUAGACUGAAAGAGAAGAAGAGAGAAGGAGAAUAGGAGUUGGACUGUUUACAGCAACCCUGUCCUUCGGGGUUAGUUAAGUCAGGUGGUUCUGUGGAGAGGAUCAGGAGAUGGGCUUUGAGGUUAUAGUUGAUGAUGAUGAUGAUGAUGACAUGAGUGACAGAACUUGUUUGUUGGGUCGUUUUUACCUCUUCACUGUGCCAAUGUAUUUAUUUCUGCCAUGGUCUCAUAGAAUGAGAAGUCAGUCUAGGCCAGCUGACUAAAAAAUCUGAUGCCUUUAUGAAAGUGACAGUUGAGUUUUCACUGUUCUAAUACCCAUACGUGCACACAUACUGGUAUAUGCAUGCAUGAGCACACAAACAAUGUGAUAUAUCUCAUGAGGUGUUGCUCUCACUACUCCACUGUGAAAAUGUUCAAAAUGAGUGCUCAAUGGGAUGUUGGGAGGGAAGGACUAGGAACACCUCAUAUAGAUGGGCACAAAUAAAAAAAUAAGCAUGGUACUGUUACCUAUCCUUCCCCUGGUCUUGUAUCAGUGUGAAAGAGGUUUCCUGGCAGCUUUUUAUGUGGUGGAUCUUAAUAUGGGGGGUGUAGCAUUUGUUAUAGUGCUAUAGCUUUUGUCUAGAUAACGUUUACAAUGGUGGAGACAUGCAAGCUAACAGGGUCGGCAUAUCAUUUCUGUUGGCUGUUUGUAGGCAUGGAGGUCAGUGAGCCACUGUUAAUCUACUGCAUAGUGAAGCGCAGAUCUGAGGGCAGGCACUCCUGCUCAGCGACCUCUUAUUGAAUUUCCUCUUUUAAUAAAAGGAACCUCUUAUAAUCAGUUUAAUAACCUCCAACCUAAACAGCAGUUCUCACUGCAGAAAACCUCUAUUAUUAGGCCCAUUCACUCUAAGGAGUCUCACUCCUCUUUAGUACAGUUAUUUUCUUCUGGGAGAGAUCAUUAAAAAGGAUUUCAUGUUCCUCUCCUUACCGCCACUCCUGGGCCGAAUAGAAAUGUCUACUCUGCCAGGUCUCAUGUCUCCACUCAGAGGGUGCCUCUAUUUUUAACCUUUUACAUUUAGUCUCCAUUAUAACCUCUGCUGGACAGUGUUAUUGUAACUCCCAUUACAAUACAUUUGAAUAUUUAUUAAGACAUUUUAGUUUUAUUGUUUGUUCGUUUUUUUUCUGCUUUUUGAAUUGGGUAAGGAGCAUUGUGUUGUUUAUUGGUCUUAGAAAGGACAAAGAGGAUGUUUUUGUUUUGCCAUCUACAUAAAAAAAAUAUGUAAUUGAAGUUUGAAAGCUCUUAUGUUCUCUUGUCUAUAGCAGGGUUUGCCAAAGUUGGUCCUGGGGCCCCCUGGGUGUACGGUUAGUUUUUUUUGCCUGUAGCGCUACACAGUUGAUUCAAAUAAUCAAAGCUUGAUGAGUUGGUUAUUUGAAUCAGCUGUGUAGUGCUAGCGUAAAAAAACAAAACGUGGGGGGACAGAGUUUGGGAAACCCUGGUCUAUGGCAUUGACAUAUGACAGCGGUCACUCAGUAACUGGAGGUCUAAUCAACUGGUCUGUCACUUGGCAAACAGUCAUGUGACUGGAGGCCUUGCAUAACUCAGAUCCAGGUGUAAAAUUGCAUGUCUGGCCAAUGUACAGCAAGGAGCUUAUGAAGGUGUUGAAUGAAGAUGUUUCUAAUCUUCCUUCCCCAGUCAAAAGAACCUUCCGGUGUGCCAAACAUUGACUUCUUGGUUUAGCUUCUGUUCAGCCUCGGAUAGACACUGGACAACAAAGUUGCUCUCUAAUGGGAAAUGGUUAUAUAUGUUUUGUUACCCACCUGUUCUUUUUUUCCCUAAUAUGUUGCCAUAUGCACAGCAGUAGACACAGAAUGAUUUGUUACCAGCCUCGACCUGAUAAAUGAGACGUUGAAUGAAGAUAAGAUUAAUGCCAGUCACCCAUUUGUUUUAACAUUCAUAGUUGUAUCAAGAGGGUCUUGUUAUUGAUGUUAGUUUAAAUACCUCAGUCUUCAACAUGGCUUGUUAAAGACCAUUUGUUUAAUGACUUAUGUAAGUUAGCAGUUGAAGAGAGAUCAAGCAGCUGAAAGCAUGUCUGCCCACAACCACGGUUUGUCAACUGUUUAUAUUCUGUCAAAUUGCCUACUGUUUUUUAAAAGCCAAUUUGGUUUAUUACCUUUGGAUUGACGAUGAGGGCUUUUCAAUCACACAGCCCUUAGAAUAUCUCUAUAUAGACUAAACCAGCUUCACAGAUCGUGGUUUGAUUUGUCAAACUGAAAGUCGGUUUGACUAGUCAGGCUGCAUGUUCAUACGGAGUUAUCUUUGAGGGUGGGGAAAAGCUCAUAUUGCACUGACGAGUUUUGGAGAUGCUGCCUUUACAGCAUAGGGCUCAUGUGUAUGUACUGUUUUUGAUGUCUGCAAAAGUUAAAUGUAAAUCAUUUUAAUAUAUUUAUGUAUUUUACAAUCAUGGCUGGCUCAAAUAUACUAGUUCAAGAA